AUGGCCUUGGUCCCGAUUGGCGGCCAGCUCGCCAAGCCUGGCGGUGUGGGGGGCGGCGGCGGCGGUGGAGGGGCCUCUGGCCCCGUGGAUCCUACGACGCCCGGCUUCGGUUACGCCUUCAUUGAGUUUGCCAACAUCGAGGGCGCCUCGAAGGCGAAGAAGGCGCUGCACGGGCGCAGAUUCGGGGCGAACAACGUGGAGGCAGAGUUCUUCUCGGAGGACAAGUACUACGCCAAGGACUUCCUCAGGCCAACUCCCAACAUCGACGAGCCGAAGAGGGAGCCCGGUAUGGAGCUGGCGCUCAUUGGGGGUGUUGGCGAUGCGCUGGACGAAGCGCCCGUCAUGGUCGAGUAG